AUGGCGGCCGGGCCCAGCAAGUCGGAGAUUCAGACCCUUUUCAAGCGGCUUCGGUCUGCGCCGCCCAACAAGGUACCGAGCGCGGGGAGUUGAGGCAGGAGGCUCUGGAGUGUCUCUUUGGCCGCUGUUCCCGAGGGCAGACGCCCGCCGGCCCAGCGUCUCCCCUCCCCACCGUCCCCUUCCGGUUCGGUUCUGCCACCGCCGCAGUGCCCCGUCCACCUGCGGCAGGGCUGGGGCCGUGAGGUUUGAGACCUUGAAGGAGGACGGCACCUGCGUCCCCUCAAAGCGCAGCGGCCCGUUUCAUCCCCGCAGUCCCCUCGUUUCAAGCUACAGGGUGGGGAAAGACUCGUCAUAGUUAGUCACUGGCGCCAGACCAGACAUACGGGCUCCCUAUAAGGAAGCUGGCCUGCUGUCCUUCCUUUCCCGGUGGCUCCCUCUUGGUCUUCCUCCUAGCUUCUCUUCUGUUUCUUGUAGUCCUGCUUUGACUGCGGUGCGAAGAACCCGAGCUGGGCCAGCAUCACCUAUGGAGUGUUUCUCUGCAUUGACUGCUCUGGGGUUCACCGGUCGCUGGGUGUGCAUCUCAGCUUUAUCCGGUGAGUACUAGGGUUUUGUUUGUUUUUGGAGGGGUGGGAGGUAAGAUGAGGAACGUGAGAGAUACAGGAUCCCUGCUUUAGUCGUACGGGGACCAACGAUCAACGUGGCUCAUUGUGUGCAACUCCAGUGUCUUGUGUAAUUGUGGUACUUAGCUUACUCCUAAAAUGGCUCUUGUGCAGUAAAACGUGUUUGAUUAGGUAAUCUUUGAGGAUCCUAAGAAUAGCCUAAUCCCCUUUCUCUCACUUGUUCAUUGUACUGCUGUUUGAAAACAGGCAGGAUAUUUAUAUAGUUCAUUAUACAGAUUGGUACUCACCAUGAAGUUGUUGCAAUAAGUGCCACACUUUUAACAUCUGGAAGGAAAAGUUGCUAUUACUGGGUACCCUUGAGUACCCCCAGAAAAAGCACUGUAAUAUAUUUGUGGUGAAGUUUGUUCUUGAUGACUUAGAGAUAGCUACUUUCGUAACAAGAGAUGGCUACUUUCGUAGUUAGACAAGUAUUGAAUGAACUUCUUUGUAAUGUUCCGUUCAUCUACAGAUGUAGUUAUGAUACUCAGAAAAUGCACUGCUGAUUGCUAUGAUCUUUAAAAAUUAUUUUGCACAUGAUGUGUGACUGCAUACAAGUUUGCACUAUUUACUUCUAUAUACUAUAUACUAUAUACUAUAUACACUAUAUACUUCUGCAAAUUGAGUGAUAGAUUUGUGUGUUUCUUUCUGGUAUUAUUGUCAUUUUAUAGGUGGCAUUAGUUAAUAUUUUGUGUUGUAGUGAGUGCAUGCUUGUUUGUACCUAUACAGCAUUUGAAGGGAAAUUCAAAAAGAGGGAAUCAUCAUUUCAGAAAAUGUUUCUGUUUGCCAUGCAACAAUCCUAGUGAUUAGCUAUGGAAGGAAGAGAGUUGCUAAAGGCAUUCCUUUGGUUAAAAACCUGUUUCCACACCAAUGGAAGAAAACAUUGGAGUUGGGGGCCGUGUUAGAAUUCUGUAAAGCUUCCUCCUUCCUUGGCAAUGUAUAAAAAUAACAACUGUUCACUGUAGUGCACUGAGACUGAUUUCAUACUUGAAUUUUCCACCACUUGACACUCCUCCACUGCUGUCUGUUGAAAGAUUUUACAUUUGAGGUGAUGUGCAAUGGUCAUAAAAGCUGUCCAUCUCUAACACUUGAUCUCUGACUUUAUUGCACUUUAUGUUAUAUAAAAACUGAGCAGUGAACAUGCUUGAACAGACCCUUUAACAUGUUCUCCUUUUUUGGCUGACUUCUAAUACAUUGAAGUAUUUGUCUCAUUUCAAUACAUUUGUGAAGCUUGAAAGCCCGCACUUACCCUUUACCUGACCUACUUCUGUGAGAGUAUCGGAUUACUCACACAGGCUAGCUAGCUAGCCCUAGUUCUUGUUCUUACAGUGUAAGCUCUUUGGCUCUUAUAAUAGUUCCUUACCUGAAAUGCUCUCUCUUUGUCCUCGGUGAACAGAAGGAAAGUAGAAUUCUGUGUUGGAGCAGGACCAUGCAAUUUUGGCAAAGCAAGAAGUACAUAGCUUCUUCUGGCUGCUGUGUCAUGUGACAGAAGUGAGAUAUUUGAUACAUAUUGAUUUCUGAGUAUCUCAUGGCUGACAGUACCAUACCAGGAGAAAUGAAAUUCAUACAUCUAGAGGAAACUUUCAUUGGUUAGAAGUGUAUCAGCUAGAAUCAUUUGUAUUUCUGUAUUUCUAUUUUAGUAAAUGAAUGUACAAAGUAUGGGUACAACAGCUUUCCCAAGCUCUGGAGUGCAUAAUUCUCUCUGGUGGUUUUCAUGGCCAUUUCUUCCUGUAUUUAUGAGCCUAUAGAAGUAUGUACACAAAUUAGAUAAGGCUUUGAAGAACAUGUCAAAGAAGUUUCUGCAGAGCUGCUUGACAGCAGUGCUAAAGCCAUUACAUCUAUUUCAACAGUACAAACACUGCUGCUGCUGCUUUUAAAAAUAUUUCAAAAUUGAUUUUCAAUAAAAAGAGCAUGUAAACAUAUCCUGUCCUACAACAGACAUCCCUUCCCCAAUAUUUUUUUUGUUGGGGGGGGGAGAAAACAUUAUUUCAGAGAGUACAAAUGCUUCUUUAAAGUAUUGUUGACCAGCACAUACUGAGAUUAGUUUUGUAUCUUUGAAAUUAGCCAUUUAUUUAUUUAGAAGCUUUCUAUACCGUCCCUCCUUUCAUUGGAUCAGAUUUCAGGGCACUGCUAAUGUAAUUCAUAAUACAAUUUCAAAAAACCAAAACACAAAAGAACAAAUAAAAGCUCAAAACAUGUUGAGACCUAUAUACUUUUAAAAAUACCUAGUUGAAUAAAAGUGUCUGAAUCUGGCAUCUAAAAGCUUGUAAAGUUGGCCCCAGGCAUUCCUCCUUGGGAGAUGGUAUUCCAUAGCCAGGGUACCACCACUGAAAAAACCCUCCUUUAUUGUUUCAUGGUGCACUCCUGAUAAAGAAGUCAGAGCAGGGCCUCAACAGAAGAUCCUAAGAGAAGCAAGCUGUCUUCCUUUGUGUGUGCUUGUUUUUCCCUAAUCCAAAAAAUUGUCCACUUGGUAUUUUUGUGUGUUUCUUGGAAAAAAAGAUAAAUGCAUGCUAGCUGGAUACAUCUGAAGAGUCUUUUUGCUCGUGUGCUCAAAACAUAUUCUCCUUGCCAACACUUUUGCAUCUGAAUUAUUGGGUACCCACUACCUUGUAUUCAGUCUGAAAUUAUUCUGGUUAACAGGCCAGACUGAAGGAGUUCAAACAGCCAAAUACAACUGGGUCAAAGCUCUGGUAACAACAUGAGCCACUGCCAGGGGUGUACCUAGAGGUUGGCCAGGUUGGCCCCCACCAAGGACGCAGGGUCAGGGAGGCACAAAAAUCACAUCUCUCCAUCUGGCUUGGAGUGGCUAGGAAUCUGGGCGCCCUCACCAGAGGAAUCCGGUUGCUGACAUGGGCCAUCUCAGCAACCCUGUGGUGCCCCCUUCCCAGUCAGAAGUGUGAGUGGAGUGCCUAGCAAGGCUUAGGGAAGAAAGACAUGGAGCGGGUAAGAGUUGCAGGAGGAGGAAAAUGGAAGGGAGGAAGGAGGCAGAAGGGAAAGCAGGGAGUGGAGGGAGGAAGGUAGACAGAUGGACCAAUGGAGGAGGAGGAGGUGUGGAGCAGAUCUGACCCUGAUGGCCACAAAGGGAGUCACUGGUGCAGUACAAAAGGCAAUGCAAAGCAGACUUUUUGAGUUUCUGGCCCUUGCUCUCUCCUGGCUAUAGAGGCACUGGUACAACAUCUCCUUGCCCAAGGGCACAAGGAAACCAAGGUACACCUCUGGCCGCUGCCCUCACCCGGAAACUAACAUGGGAGAUAUUUAUUGGUUUAGGGGCACUAACAGUAGUACAUAUAUUCCCAGAGAUCUGCUUCCAUUGUGUAUUAUGUUGUUCAAACCCUUCUGAGCCUGAUCUGGUGAACUUUUCUGAGAUAAUGACUCCAGGUUUUGUUCUCUUGUCAGGUCCACAGAGCUUGAUUUCAACUGGAGCUGGUUUCAGCUGAGGUGUAUGCAAGUGGGUAGCAAUGCCAAUGCGGUAAGGAGCCAUUUGAAGUUGAUGAUCUUUGGUUGCAUGCCUGGACCUUUUUACCAUUCUCCUCUUUGUCAUAGUCAGGUGGUUGGUGUUUUCUUAAUAAAUAUUUAUCAAACCUGCUUAUAAAAUAAAAGAACACGGUGACCUGUGUUCCUGAAACUCCUGCUUCCAAGAGAAAGCUGAAUUCUUGCAGGUCUGUGUCUGGAAUUGGGCCCUUUAGUUGCAGGAAGUCACCCGUUUGUUUCAUUUGCUCUUCAUUUUUCUAAUCUUGGACUUCAACUAAAUUUCCUCUCCACCCCGGCCAGACUGCCUUUUUCCGCCAGUAUGGUUGCACCACCACAGAUGCCAGUGCCAAGUAUAAUAGCCGCGCAGCCCAGAUGUACCGGGAGAAGAUCCGGCAGCUGGCAACUGCUGCGAUGGCCAAGUAUGGGAAUGAUGUAAGUGCAGAUGAGCCUCUUUGCUGUUGGGAAGGAUCAGGGACCAUGGUGCUUGCUACUGAAUACGACAAACUAUUUUCUCCUUUUCCAGCUCCUGAUCGAUGGGCUGAGUGGAACUCCAGGUCACUCCCCAGAAAAGAGUGAUGCCGAUUUUUUCUUGGAACAUACACAGGUGUGUUGAGCCAACUUGGAUUGCCCCUUUCCAGCAGAAACCUUCAUUGAUGGGGGAACUACAGGUCAUGAAUGCAUUUGAUCCAAAACUCUGUGACCUACAUAGAUCAAGUUGGGGGGGCCAUGCUGCUCAGUGGUUUGGACCUGCCAUAUUCACUAGGUUUGCCUCCUUGAGGUGGUUGUUUACAUUCAUACAUGCAAACUGGCCUGGUUUGCAUGUCACAGUAAUCAAGGUUUGGCUUGGAUUGUGGUGAAGAUCUUUCCUCCUUGACCACCACCUGUAACCUUAGGAAAAAUUUUGGCUACAGAUCGUAGUUAAGGAAGAGAGACCUUAAGCAUAGUCCCAGGUUCGAAUGACAAACUGAGCCAAACCCUAGCUGAGGUGCUGUGCUGACCUACAAAGCCUGAGGAGGAGCAAAGUAGCUGCAACCUCCUCUUUGGGAGCCAGUGCGUUCAGGCUAAGCCAUGAACUGACUUGGUGUGACAUGGCCACGGAGUCAGAUCAGUGGUCUUUUUGGCUCAGUCUUCUUUGAUUUGAGUGUUGGCUGUUCUCCAGUCAGAGGUGGUCUUCCUAGCCCCGCCACCCACAACCCUCCAACUGGAGAUGGACCCUGGGAUUCCUGUUCGUGCAGAGCCUGUGUUCUUCUACUACUUCUUCUUCCCUUCCCUUCUUCUUCUUUUUUUCUUGUUCACAAAGGAUAAGCAGGGCUCUUUCCUUAGCAUCUCCCCACCCUGACCUUGCUCAGGGGCAGUAUACUUCCAGAUACUGGAUCCUGGGUUCAAAGAGAUGAUUGCUUUUAGUUUCUGCACUGCUUCUGAGCUUCCUAGAAAUGGAGUUUUAAACUAGAUGAACUCUUGGUUUUGUUCAACAAGAUGAUUCAUAGCUUAUGUCUUUCCCGUCUAGAAUGCAUUCUCUCUAGUACAGGGGCAAGACUGGCAGAUUUCCACUUUGACUCUAAACUGGUGGUUCCAUUGAUUUCAGGGUACCAUCUACUUAAGCAUGCUUAGGAUUGUAGAGCUGGUCUCAAGGGAUUGGGUUUCCUUCUCCAAAACUGUUUCUUGCCACCGAGGAGAUUAUGUCUAAAGAUAUGGGAAAGCAUGGCCUGAGUCUUAAAUCGGCUUGGCUCCAGAUUUCCCCACAAGAAGCCACCUUGAGGGCAUGCAUUGUAAUACUUGAGAACACUGUUAAUGCUUACUGGGUGUUAUGCGUUUGAAAUGCAUAUCCUGUUAAGCAAGGGUUUCUGAGUUUGAUCUAUUUGUACUGUCCGAUCCAAAUUGUUGCAUCUUCCUGAGGGCCAGUUCAUUUUCUUUUAAGGAUUGUAAUACCUGGGAUGUGGUUGAAACAGGCCAGAGCACAGUGCAGCCUUCACUAGAAUUGGAGAGAACAGCAAAGUCUACUGAGAAUAAUGAAGUUCAACGUGAGUAUCGCUAUUUAGCUCCUUUGCCCCUUUUGAAUCUUCCUAGCCUGGCUGGAAAGACACUUGAUCUUGCUUGUUCUCAGGAUGGAUGAUGAGCAGAGGAUCUGUGCAGUGUAACACAUGAGUCAAUAUAGAGGAUUGAAGAAUUGCUUCAUUGUUGCAUGCAUGUUGUGGCAUCUCUCCACAACGUUUGGCAGCCAUACCCAUGUUCUCUUGAAGUGAACAUUUUAUUUUUCUCUUGGAAAAGGGUGUUUACGUUGCGUGACUUAAGUUAAGGAGUCCUGCAUUUCCUAUGCGGCCGCCGAGACCAUACAACACCGGUCUUGAAAGACCUACAUUGGCUGGCUCCCAGUACGUUUCCGAGCACAAUUCAAAGUGUUGGUGCUGACCUUUAAAGCCCUAAACGGCCUCGGCCCAGUAUAUCUGAAGGAGCGUCUCCACCCCCAUCGUUCUGCCCGGACACUGAGGUCCAGCUCCGAGGGCCUUCUGGCGGUUCCCUCACUGCGAGAGGCCAAGUUACAGGGAACAAGGCAGAGGGCCUUCUCGGCAGUGGCGCCCGCCCUGUGGAACGCCCUCCCAUCAGAUGUCAAAGCGAUAAACAUCUACCUGACAUUCAGAAGACAUCUGAAGGCAGCCCUGUUCAGGGAAGUUUUUAAUAUGUGACAUUUUAGUGUAUCUUUCAUCUUUGUUGGAAGCCGCCCAGAGUGGCUGGGGAAACCCAGCCAGAUGGGCGGAGUACAAAUAAUAAAUUAUUAUUAUUAUUAUUAUUAUUAUUAUUAUUACUAUAGGGCAGGGGUGGGGAACCUCUGUCUUUCAGAAGUUGAUGGACUACAGUUCCCAUCAACCCACAUCAGUGAUGACAUUGCUUGGGGCUGAUGGGAGCUGGAGUUCAACAAUAUAUAGAAGGCCAUUGGUUCCCCACCCCUUCUAUAUAGAUUAAAAAGUAUCAGGUGUGUGGAAGCAGUUCUGUUGCUUGGAAUAUUCUUGACCAGGCACUCCCAAACUCGGCCCUCCAGAUGUUUUGGGACUACAGUUCCCAUCAUCCCUGACCACUGGUCCUGUUAGCUAGGGAUGAUGAGAGUUGUAGUCCCAAAACAUCUGGAGGGCCGAGUUUGGGGAUGUGUAUUCUUGACUGUCAGUGAGACUCUGGUGGUUUCUACUAGCUGUCCACUAAUUUCCUGCAGGGAGUUUUCUGGAUAGUAAGCAGUGGUCCUGGAGCAUCAACAUUUUGUGGGAUGAGAAAAAAAUCAUUUUAAUUGUCCAAGAUACUGGACACAAGACAUGCAUCUUCUUUGCUCUACCUUAGUUGCCAUUUUAAAAAAUAAGUGUGUGUGCUCUUGCCCAUAGAGCCUGACCAGGGUCCAUCUAUUGACCUGCUGAGCACUUCUCCUAAAGGAUCUCUUGGUAAGUGUAAGCUCCCUUGUUUCCUAUUAUGUUAAACAUAAUGUCUCAGUGGCUCACCAUUUAAUUUGAGUAGAUGGUCUGCAUUAACAACAGAGUUUAUUUCAGAUGCUGAAUCAGGUAAGGGAGGCCAGAGCUUCUGACUCUGGAGAAGGAAUUGGGUCACUUCUAAAAGUUUGACUUUUGAAAAUUAGAACUAUAGAGUUGGAAUAUACCUAAAGAUCAUCUAGUCCAACUGGCUGGUAGAGGAAAUUGGCCGUUAGGCAUAAAAUUAGAGAAUUGACCCUUCAGUGCAGGAAUCUCAAUCCCCUCAUCCAAUUUGAAACCAUGCCAGAUGGGUGAUCCAACAUCUGCUUAGAGAUUUCUAACAAAAGAGAGUCUCUCACUUCCACACAAGUAUGUUCACCUGUCAGCUGCUUGUUCCAUCAGGAAGCUCUUCAUAAUUUUUAGUCACAAUCCCCUUUCUUGUAAUUUUAAUUUGUUGGAUUGGACCCUACCCUCCAGAGCAUCAAAAAGCAAAUCUGCUGCAUCAGUAUAACGGCCUUCAAAUAUGAAGAUGACCAUUCAUCCUUGCACAGAAUUAAGAAAAAGAUUUUAUUCAAUAUUGGAGACUAUUCCCAUAUAUGGUAUCAGCAUACCAUAUAUUCUGCAAUUUCUGGAUGGCCUGUUCCUUCUGACCUUGAGAUCCCAGUGUUUGUUUAGGUCAAAAGCAAAAAUUCACCAGGGGGACUGGGGUAGUAUCGAGUGAAUAAAUGCAAAUUAGAACUAUUAUUGACUUAUUUGUUAAGAAGAACUAGCUAUUAUUGAAGACUAUGAUCUGAUUCUGAUUUUAACAAUCCAGUCUGCUACACCGUGGUGUAUUGGACCAGGAAUAGUUACAUGCAUGUUUGCUGCUCCUCCCCAUAUCCAUUCAACUUUGGCAAAGAUACCUUGCAUUCUAACCACAGUUUCCCUUGAUGUCAAAACAGGGAAACUGUACUUUACGGGCUCAAGAAUAUGAAACUAGAAUCGGACUUGGUUUGGAGGAGGACCUUAAAGCACAGUUUCUGGAUCAGAUGUCACUAUGAACUAGGUUGCCUUCAUCAAAGCAGUGGGGGGGAGGGGAGAAGGACAGAGAGAGCUUGCGUGCACAGGAUCUGUGCCUGGUCCGAUAAACCACAAUGUCUGAUUCCGGCCUAUAGAUGCUAGUAUCCUGUGCCUGCAAUUUUGCUUGGGCCUUCUUGUGGAAGAUGUGUUUCGAUCUCUCCUGAGCCCAGACUAUACCUAGAACGUACCAUUUUAGUUUCCAACAUGUACAUGUCUUUUUCUUCCUCAGACGCAUCCAUGUGUCUGUCUCGGCAAGGGGCUGCUCCUGCCAGAGGUAACUGGCUAAGGGCCUGCACUGGCUACUUGUGGUGCCUUGCCUCUGCCUUCUCUUUCUGUGGUUCUGCCUCCAGGCCAGGGGUUGUCUGUCUUGUACAUUCAAAUUGUCAUUUCAAGGAAGUUGAUCUUCCUCACUAGUGAAGUUGAGGAUCCAUCCUGCUCUUUGCUAUCUUUGCAGUCAGCCAAGUGGACACACGUGGCUCGUUUCAAAGAGGCACUUGCGUUGCUAACUGCUUUAGGAAUACUGAGCAGCCUCCCUAGCAAAUGCAGCUUCAGUCCUACAGCAGUGCUUUGUUGCCACUAGAGCUCUUCUCCAAGGCCAACCUGAGCUCAUGAGCUACCAGGCACCCUUUGGCUUCUCAAGCACCAGUUUUUUGUUGCAAUAUAUGUAACAUAUUGGGAAAUCAGUCUAGUUUUUCAAACCAGAUUCUUUGAAGCACCACUUCUUGGCAUGAUUUUAUGCUGCUUUUUCAACUCAGGAAGGGGGACCACAAAGCGGCUAAUCUGAAAUUGCAUGGUGUGGCCUGUCAUACUGCCUUUGGAUUUCUCUACGCUGCUGCCAGAGCUGUUGGGUGUAUUAACUAUGCAUCUGGCACACUUGGCAUAGCUUUCCUUGUGCCACAAAAGCCUUAAAUAACUGCUACUAGUGUUGGGACUAACAGCAGGUUUCUUGCUGUCUUUCAUGUCUGCUCAUUAUUUUUCCCUGUUGCAGAAAUAAAACCUUCACUCAUUGGAAAGAAGAAGCCAGGUGCUACUAAGAAAGGGGUAUGUCUGCUGAAAGGGACUUUGCCUCUCUAACUACACACAUUUCCUAUUUUCUGGUAAAGAUUUGUUCCCCAGUCCACAUCAACCCAGCAAAUGGCCUUGCCAUUUGCCUUGAGUAUCUAAUAAGGAUUUUCUCUAAUCAGUUUUGUAUUGUAUACUAUUUGUGGGUAUCAAUGCUGCCAGGGAUCUGCCUGAUUCUUGACUGGAUUUCAUUUCAGUGAUUGUACACACAACCAAAUACUGUGCAUGUAGAGAAAUAUUCAGAAUGAGCUUGAAAAAGCUGGGUGGGGGAGGCAGGGAGAGAUUGCAUCAUUGGUAAACUUAUAAAAUUUCAAACAUCAUAUGAAGUACACCAGACGAGUAAAUAGUGGAAUUGCAUAUAGCAAAGCUUGCAAAAUAGUGAGCAGCUGUUUAUCUCAGGUGGGGAACCUGCAGCCUGUAGGCCAAAUUUGGCCUGUGAGGCUAUUUUCCCCAAACCGUGUCUGCCUGACCCAUACCAUAUGAUGAGAUUUGUGGGGCAGUCAGAGAUGUGGCAAGUUUGGCUGCACAACCCAAGUUUCCUAUGGGGGGCGGACCUGCAUCAUGCAGGCCAUCUGCAAUCAUGUAGCCAACUUGAUUCUUGCAGUGCAAGUGAUCCCUUCCAGCUCUACAACUCUAUGGUUCUUUGAUCUCUGCAGAAACAGCUUGGCCAGCCUUGUGCUCAGCACUGGUAACUAAGCAUAGGGAUGGCAAAGCCCCUUGUGCUGCAGUUCCCAAGCCCUGUGUAAACAACUUUUAACAGGUGGGUUGCACCAAGCAACUGUCACAGUUGGUUUGCAGGGAUAGGGACAGAUAAGGAUCUGGCCUGCUGAACGCAAAAGGAUUCCCAUCCUUUAAAUCUUCCCUUUCAGCAUUUGGAGGGGCCUAUCAAAUUUGUCUUGAACUGGCCAGAUUUGUUCAUUGACACUCUCUGCGCCCCUUGCAUCAUUUGCAGUAAUUGAUCCUUUGGUUUUGCCAUUUUAAAGGCUCACUGUGGCUUUUCUUGGGACCUUUAUUCUGCUUCUGUUUCUUCCAGCUGGGGGCCAAAAAGGGUCUUGGAGCUCAAAAAGUGAGCAGCCAGAGUUUCACUGAAAUUGAACGACAGGCCCAGGUGGCUGAAAAGAUGAGGGAACAACAGGCUGCAGAGUGCAAGAAGCAAGCUGAGGAGUCCCUGUAAGUGAGGCACACUUGCAGCAUCCUCAAGUUAGGAUCUGAAUAUGUUUGCAUGCAGAGUUAUUGGGACAAGCUUCCUCUCAUAGGAAAACUUGUAUUUGGCAUGGAAUGAUGAAGCAAUUGGCACAUAACAAAGUCAGGACUAAAUAAGUGUUGUCCUGCCCAGGCCUGAGCUUUUUUGAGGGCGUAAAGUCUUUCCUGCUUACCCAUUUCCUAUUUCAGAAUGAUGAGAUAUGUGGGUAGUUUAUAUGUAUUCUGGACUCCCCUGCCAGUUUAUUCUGUUGUCUCCCUCAGAGUUGCCUCAAUGAGACUGGCGUACCAGGAGUUGCAGAUUGAUCGGAAGAAGGAGGAGAAGAAACUCCAGAACCUGGAAGGAAAAAAGCGUGAACAAGCUGAGAGACUGGGCAUGGGAUUGGUGUCCAGGAGGUAUUUGCUAUACAUGAAGAACAAAGAGAAUGUGCCGAGUGGGUAGAUUUUAGUGUAACAUCUGCCCCAAGAUCGCUUGGGGGUUUAGUUGCUGCUGUCUCAAUAGGCAGGAAGAUUGUGGUUCAAGAGUACAUCAUUGGUGAGCUGAGUUCCAGUCUACUCCAUUUGGAGUGGCUUGUGAAUCCUAAACAUUAGCCUUGAGUGUAAUCUACAUUUGCCCCAAUCAAAAGAUUACUUCUUUCCUGUAGAUCUUCAGCCUUGGGUGGCUCUUCUGCUUUUCCAUCUUGUAGAAUCUGAUCUGAGGUAUAAUGAAAUUUGUAUCUUUAGAAAAUGAGACACUGUCCUGGCUCCCUCACUGUUUAUUUAUUACCCACCCAGACUGUAUACAGCAAAAGUUUUAGCAAUGAGAAACCCCUGCUUGCAGUCAUAAGUCUCACAUCUGCUUUUGCCAUGAUCUCUACAUUCUGGCUAGCUCAGAGCACAGCCUUAAUGAAGUGAUGUAGCAGCCUUUCUGAAAAGCCAGAAGGUCUGGUUAGUGACAGGAUGGGAGGCUGCCUGCAGAAUUUGAUGAGUAACACCUUGAGUUCCUUUAAAGGGAGGCAGACUAGAUUGACUUGGGCCUUAUUUUUGAGCCAAUGUAGUUCUAAUGGUGAGAGGUAGGUGUUGGGCUCUGACAGUAGGGUUUUAUCUUGGUCUUCUUCCUCCUAGUUCCAUCUCGCACUCUGUCCUUUCCGAGAUGCAAAUGAUAGAGCAAGAAACACCAGUGACUGCAAAGUCCUCUCGGUCCCAGCUGGAUCUGUUUGAAGACACUGGAAGUUUCACAUCCGGACCACCCAAGUAAGACUGAGUGGCUGCAGUGCCAUUCGCUCUUGCCCAGCUUUUCUUUAUCUGGCCUAGAUAAAUCUCCUCUCAUUUUUUUUUUCAUAGGUACAAAGAUAAUCCUUUCUCAAUAGGAGAUGCUUUUGGCUCGCAGUGGGAAACAGAGAACACCUGGGGGAUUGACAAAGGGGAAGAGGAGACAGACAUCACUAUCUCCAGUAUUCGGCCCAUUGGUGAAAGGUAAAAGUGAUGAGUGGAGUCCCAUCUGGAAAGGAGUUUUUUGAAGGAACUGUUCAGGGACAUAUAUGACUGCUCUUUAACCGGCACCUAACAAAAAGGCCUCAUAGGCUUUCCCAAGGCAUUUUGCCUCAAGCACUUUCAAAAUGGCAUCGUAUUGUGGUCUGAUGGACUAAACUUCAGAGAUGAGGGUUCAAAUUUCCACUCAGCCAUGAAGCUCCCUAGGUGACCUUGUUUCUCAGCCUAACCUAUCCCACAGGGUGGCUGUUAGGAUAAAACAGGGAGGGAGAGAAACCUAAUGUGACACCCGAAGCUCCCAGGAGGAAAGGUGGGGCAUAAAUGUAAUAACAACAACAUUUGCAAUCAAUAUGAAUGAAUCUCAGAGCAAUGCUUUGACUAAGCCACUGAGAAAUGCUGGUUGCUUGAGUGAUGGUCGCUCUGCUGCUGCUGAGAUUAGGGGGCUUUUGUCUUUGUUUAACUGAGGAAAAUAGUGACCAGGUUUACACACUGCAGAAACCAUAGUUUAGAAAAACGAUUCACUAAACCUGUGGCUUAAUGUGAACAAGCAAUGUGCCUUAAGCGUGCUGCUGAAAGGUUCUCACUGCACUCCCUGCCUGCUCCUGCUCCUGCUUCUGCUGUUCUGUGGACAAAACAAGCCAGAGUUUGGCUUCUUGUAGCUUCUGGGUCAUGGCCUGAAAUUUGUCUCCAAACCACAAGCAGUAACAAGGGUUUGUUCUUGGCUAGCUACUUGUGGUUUCUUCGGGGGAAACAUACCCAACUCUGCCUGGUGUUGACUGUGGCACAUCAGGAACGGGAAGAGUGCUGUGGAAACUUUGGAACAGCCUGCAACAUGACACACUGCUUAUUCAUUUAAAACUGGCUGGGUUUCAGCUAUGGUUUAAUGUGCUGUGUGAAUCAAUCCAGUGUAUGACAUAGCUGUUAGCUGAGGGGGCUUAUGACAUCCAACUAACUUGGAGUUGAACAGAUGCGGUUCCACUUUCUCGCCAUGGUCGAAUACCUGUGCACUGGGUUGUGACUCUGAAUUGCUGUUACAGGGCUUUCCUUUCUCCUCCACUCAGACCCACCAACAGAAGAGAGACAGAGAGCAAGAUCUCAGUAGUAGAGUCUAGUGAAGCUCGACAGAAGUUUGCUGGGGCCAAAGCCAUCUCGUCUGACAUGUUCUUUGGGCGGGAAGCUGAUGCUGAGGCAAGUGCUGGAUGAUUUCUCUGUCUUCAGGCUGUUCCCACCUAUCACCUGGCAACCACCAGCUUCUGUUUCCUGCGUCUUAUUUUGUUUUCUCUUUCCAGUAUGAGGCCAGAUCCCGACUCCAACAACUCUCUGGCAGCAAUGCCAUCAGCUCUGCUGAUCUGUUUGGAGAGUCUGAGACAGGGAACUCGGGUAUGUCAGCAAACAACUUGAGAGACGGGUUUUCUUCUGUCACCAAGGGGCUGGUGUGGCCCUUAACACCUAUUACUCAGAAAGGGAUGGGCUCGGCUGGCUUGAGUGUCAAAUCAUGGAGCAGAUUACAUAUCUGACUCAGGGUUACAGGAUCUCCUAGCGGAUUUCCCAACCUAGGAUCUCAGCCAGCAAGGCCUCUUCCAUAAGAUGAGCAUCUUUCUCAUACAGAAGAACUCUCUGAUGGUGUUGUUUUUCCUUCCGCCUCUCUAGGUGGCGUUUCAAUUGGAAAUGUACUGCCUGCUGCUGAUAUUGCGCAGUUCAAACAAGGGGUGAAGUCUGUUGCUGGCAAGAUGGCUGUUCUAGCCAAUGGUGUGAUGAAUUCCCUUCAGGUGAGGUAGCACGCCUGUUGUGUAGUCAUGGCAAGAGGCUCUAAAUGCCUCACGCAGAGUUCAAACUCUGAUAGUGAAGGUUACAAUCCUGGAAGCCAUGUGUGAUGUCUUGUCUCUGGCUUUUGUUUCGUUCUCAUUCAUGUAGGGGUCAAAAAGUUUCCAACACUUCUAAAGCAGCUAGCUGGUCAGUCCACUAGAAGAUAAUAAAUUACUGCACCAUGUAUGCUAAAUUUAAAUUCCCAGCUUUUGCAAAGCUACUUGGACUCAGGUAGAUGAUGCAAACAUAUGCAAAGUAACUGGUGUUUUUAUACUUUGUAGUUCUGGAACAGAAGUUAAGACGCAAACCUUAAUUCAGGCCUCAUCCACACUUAAACGCUGUGUGUGCAAACCUCAAGCUCACCUGCUUACACACUUGGGCUGUUCCCCUAAUGCUCCUGUGCGAGGAGCUGCUUUUGUCAAAUGAUGGGAUGACAGGGGCUACAGCCAGUUCUCAUUCUGAUCUUUUCUCAUGUUAUUGGUGAGAGCAGCUCCUUGCUUACAGUGGAGAUAUUGCAUGAUCUGAGAUGGCAGCAUGGAAAUUCUCUGCCAGCAAAAGUAACCUUUUACAUGGUUCAUAAGCCUCUUAUUCAGAGCUUAGUAGGAUGGGCUUGCUUUUGUCAUAUCCGCUUGCGGGUUUCCCCAUAUCUGGUUGGCCAUUAGAGAACAGGAUGCUGCACUAGAUGGGCCAUGGACCUGAUCCAGCCGGCACUUUUAUGUCCUGAUAUUUGGCCUGAAGUUUUAACUGUUUGGUGGGGUUAGCGGCUGUAUUCAGGUGCCGAGAAAUGUGGCAUCAUUUCUGUGGGCAAUGUGCUAAGUUGCCUCUUUCUGUCCUCCCUCUCCCACCUCUUAGGAUCGCUAUGGCUCAUAUUGA